AAUAUAUGCUAUCCACAAGACGACUUACUAUCCGAACUUAAGAGAUUCAGAGCUCCACCUGCUCUGAUCAUUAAAGGCAUAGAAACCAUGGGCUUCAUCAUUGACUCCCAGGCACCUCGGGGCUUCCUCUUCAUCUUUCCUUUUAUUCGCCGGUCGCUUGCCCUUGUUGGGCACCCCACAGAUGGCCAAGACGGGCCGGCGCCCGGAAGUUCCCCGUCUGAUGAUGUAGGGAAUGACGAUCCAAACUGACACCUAGAAGAGAGGGUGGGGAGAGCGGGGCAGAGGGUUUUGUGGCGCGCAGGAGGGGCCCUGAGCUCGGCUCGAUGAGGCUGGGGGCUAGGUCCAAGCUUUAUAGUUGCCAGAGGAGCUGGCAGCGUUGCAGGCUCUAGAGGCCAGUUGGAGGGCCGGGACGCAGGACCUGAGGCUGGGGAGGCCUGGCUGAGCCUGUCCAGGGAGGGCCUCGAAUGCCAGCUGAGUCCAGACUAUACUGUGUGUUAUAGACCGCGUGUAGGAAACAGGUUUUAGGUGAUGUUUAUCCAUGAUAAGCCAGUUGUACACAGGUGUUGAUGAGUCAUUAACCACCUAGGGCAGCAUUUGGUCCACCCGGACUGGCGAGUGCACACCUGCAGCUGACGCCUGCGCCACGUGCUGGGGUCGGAGGCCGAGCUCACCGGCUGGUUGCUCUUUAGAGCGGGCAGGAGCCAGGCGGGCGGCCCGCCCCCCUAGGGCGGAGACUUCCGGAGCUGCGACUCACUGGAGCCGAGAGCUGGGGCGGGGCGGCGCGGCGCGGCGCGGCUCGGUGCAUUUCCAGGCGCCGCUCUCUGCCGCAGGGAACCCUGAGCUCGGCGCGCCAAGAGUCCCAGCAGGGCAAGGGGGCGCGGCGUCCUGGUCCUCGAGCUCGGGAGACAGAUGCGCAUGGGCGUGAGGGCAUGCGGACCUAAGCUCGGGUGAAGCUCUCGGGAAGGGCAAGACUGCGGCGACGAGAUGCGAGCAGAGGAGCCCUGCGCCCCCGGGGCCCCCAGCGCCCCGGGAGCCCAGCGCGCGCCGGGCCCCGAGCUGCGCCUGUCCAGCCAGCUGCUGCCCGAGCUCUGUACCUUCGUGGUGCGCGUGCUGUUCUACUUGGGGCCUGUCUACCUAGCUGGCUACCUGGGGCUCAGCAUAACCUGGUUGCUGCUCGGCGCCCUGCUGUGGAUGUGGUGGCGCAGGAACCGCCGCGGGAAGCUCGGGCGCCUGGCCGCCGCCUUCGAAUUCCUUGACAAUGAACGCGAGUUCAUCAGCCGCGAGCUGCGGGGCCAGCACCUGCCAGCCUGGAUCCACUUCCCGGAUGUGGAGCGGGUCGAGUGGGCCAACAAGAUCAUCUCUCAGACCUGGCCCUACCUAAGCAUGAUCAUGGAAAGCAAGUUCCGGGAGAAACUUGAGCCCAAGAUCCGAGAGAAGAGCAUCCACCUGAGGACCUUUACCUUUACCAAGCUCUACUUUGGACAGAAGUGUCCCAGAGUCAACGGUGUCAAGGCACACACUAACACGUGCAAUCGAAGACGUGUGACUGUGGACCUGCAGAUCUGCUACAUCGGGGACUGUGAGAUCAGUGUGGAGCUGCAGAAGAUUCAGGCUGGUGUGAACGGGAUCCAGUUGCACGGCACCCUGCGGGUCAUCCUGGAGCCCCUCCUAGUGGACAAGCCCUUCGUGGGAGCCGUGACUGUGUUCUUCCUUCAGAAGCCGCACCUACAGAUUAACUGGACUGGCCUGACCAACCUGCUGGAUGCACCGGGAAUCAAUGACGUGUCAGACAGCCUGCUGGAGGACCUCAUUGCCACCCACCUGGUGCUGCCCAACCGUGUGACUGUGCCUGUGAAGAAGGGGCUGGAUCUGACCAACCUGCGCUUCCCUCUGCCCUGUGGGGUGAUCAGAGUGCACUUGCUGGAGGCAGAGAAGCUGGCCCAGAAGGACAACUUUCUGGGGCUCCGAGGCAAGUCAGAUCCCUACGCCAAGGUGAGCAUCGGCCUACAGCAUUUCCGGAGUAGGACCAUCUACAGGAACCUGAACCCCACCUGGAACGAAGUGUUUGAGUUCAUGGUGUACGAAGUCCCUGGACAGGACCUGGAGGUAGACCUGUAUGAUGAGGAUACCGACAGGGAUGACUUCCUGGGCAGCCUGCAGAUCUGCCUUGAAGAUGUCAUGACCAACAGAAUGGUGGAUGAGUGGUUUGUCCUGAAUGACACAACCAGCGGGCGGCUGCACCUGCGGCUGGAGUGGCUUUCAUUGCUUACUGACCAAGAAGCUCUGACUGAGGACCAUGGUGGCCUUUCCACUGCCAUUCUCGUGGUCUUCUUGGAGAGUGCCUGCAACUUGCCGAGAAACCCUUUUGACUACCUGAAUGGUGAAUAUCGAGCCAAAAAACUCUCCAGGUUUGCCAGAAACAAGGUCAGCAAAGACCCUUCUUCCUAUGUCAAACUAUCUGUAGGCAAGAAGACACAUACGAGUAAGACCUGUCCCCACAACAAGGACCCUGUGUGGAGCCAGGUGUUCUCCUUCUUUGUGCACAAUGUGGCCACUGAACAGCUCCAUUUGAAGGUGCUUGAUGAUGACCAGGAGUGUGCUCUGGGAAUGCUGGAGGUCCCCCUGUGCCAGAUCCUCCCCUAUGCUGACCUCACUCUUGAGCAGCGCUUUCAGCUGGACCACUCAGGCCUGGACAGCCUUAUCUCCAUGAGGCUGGUGCUUCGGUUCCUGCAAGUGGAGGAACGAGAGCUGGGGAGCCCAUACACAGGACCUGAAGCCCUAAAGAAAGGCCCUCUGCUCAUCAAGAAAGUGGCUGCCAACCAGGGUCCCAAAGCCCAACCUCAGGAAGAAGGCCCUACAGAUUUGCCAUGUACGCCAGACCCUGCUUCUGAUACUAAGGACGCAUCCAGGAGUACCACAACCACCACCAGUACUACCACCGUUGCCACUGAGCCCACACCCCAAGAGACAGGUCCAGAGCCUAAAGGCAAGGACAGUGCCAAAAGGUUCUGUGAGCCUAUGGGGGAGAAGAAGAGUCCAGCCACCAUCUUCCUGACUGUCCCAGGUCCCCACUCUCCAGGGCCCAUCAAGUCACCCAGACCCAUGAAAUGCCCUGUCUCCCCAUUCGCAUGGCCGCCCAAGAGGCUGGCUCCCAGCAUGUCCUCGCUCAACUCCUUGGCCUCUUCUUGCUUUGACCUGGCAGAUAUCAGCCUCAACAUUGAAGGUGGGGACCUCAGGCGACGGCAGCUGGGCGAGAUUCGGCUCACAGUGCGCUAUGUGUGUCUGCGGCGCUGCCUCAGCGUGCUAGUCAAUGGCUGCAGAAACCUAACACCAUGUACCACCAGUGGAGCUGAUCCCUACGUCCGUGUCUACUUGUUGCCAGAAAGGAAGUGGGCAUGUCGUAAGAAGACUUCAGUGAAGCGGAAGACCUUGGAACCCCUGUUUGAUGAGACAUUUGAAUUUUUUGUUUCCAUGGAAGAAGUAAAGAAGAGGUCACUAGACGUUGCAGUGAAAAAUAGUAGACCACUUGGCUCACACAGAAGAAAGGAGUUAGGAAAAGUACUGAUUGACUUAUCAAAAGAAGAUCUGAUUAAGGGCUUUUCACAAUGACUUUACAAGACCAAAUAUACUUCUCAUCCCCUCUAACAUUCCUGGACCUCCUCUUCUCUCUUACCAACUCAGACGACACUACCUGCCGUCAGUUUUCUGUCUCUGCCUCUGCCUUCACUGCCACUUUUCUUGAAGCAGGGCAGCAUUCGAGAACAAAGUUUUUGUCAUGUUACUCUUAUUCCAGUUUUCUGCCACCUUAUUCACACGCAGAUGUUCUAUUCCAGAAUCGUCCAAAUACUAUGCUCUGCCGACUCAAGUCCUGUCUCAAACCUAUUUCCUCUAUUAAGUAAGUCAAUCCAUAGUGAAAUGGCCUCUUCCCACGGCCUGUAGCAUUUACUGUUGAUACUGAGUAUUUUCCAUUUUAAUAGUUCCCAGCCUUUAUAACACUAAGUUUUAAGAAAUGUUGAUUAGGCACCUGCUAAGGUUACAUGCUAAGCAGCUACUUAUAUUGUAUUUGUUAUUUAAUAUUUGUUUACUCUCCAGUUGAACAGUAGGGAACAAUUCAAGGUGCUUGAAUUGUUUUUCACCCUCACCAUCCAAGACUGUGUUAAGUACAUAGAAGAUGCAUGGUGAAAUUUGUUUCUGCUGAGGUUUCUAUUUUAAAUGCCAAAUUCUCAUAAUGUAGCAUUGAUGCCUAACCUGUCUACCUCAUGAUGGCAUUCUAAUUGCUCCCUAAAUAGACAAGUGCCUUGAAAAUGGAGAAGCACCAGAGAAAUAAGGGAAUGUAUCAUAUGUACAUCAAAACAUUAGCACCCCUAAAACAGCUAAUCAAAAUGGCAGAUAAGUGAAAACCUACCCCUCUUCUUCCAAACUUAAACCACCAACAUUUAUUUUAAACAUGGUCAAUUGAACCGUUUUUACCUGUGUCAGGCAACACAGGUAAAUACGUGGUGAUGGUCUGAAGAGGAGUUAAAAUGUUGAAGGGAACCAGAAUUUUAGUACACACCAGACAGGAGGCAAGUUUAUAUAGGCACUGUGUGAGGGGCAGGGAGCCUGAAAAGUUGUUAAUACCUUGGCUGCCACUGAGGACAAGAAUUGGUUUUCAGCAGUGGGUGGAAACAAUCAGCUAAUAAUGCAGGAGCAGAGGGUCUGAAGUUAACAUCAACUUGGUGCAGAAACCCCCAAACCUGGGACGGAAUGUGAAUAUUGGUUUAGAACCUGGAAUCCUGUGAAGCCUUGAUGGAGGCAACCAUAAAAUUGGCCCCACAGGGUUGCCACUCCCAUCCAGGGUACAUGUGUGACAGCUGCAGCAGAUGGCUGUCACUAAAGGGAAACUCACGGGCAAAAAUUAUGAAACAAAACAAAAACAGACUUUUAAAAAAAUAUAAAGUGCACAGGAAUAUCAAACUGAAAAAUAGCCAUAGAUAAUAUUUCAGCAAGAAGGAAAAUGUACCAGUAAGGCAGAAAUAGCAUGUGAGAAGCAGUGGAGAGCAAAGAAAUCCAUAAAAUAUGUUGGCAAACCUAAGCAAGUUUUGAUUGUUCACAAGAUAUAAACAAAUAACCAAAGAUUUUUGCAAGGGUUCAGAAACAUAGUAGAACUAAAAUGCUAGUACUAACAACUAAGAAGGGGCAGCUAGGCUGAUUAAGAAGAAAGUAUUCAAGACCAUAUCUUAUUUAAGAAGCUAAAGAUACUUAUCUUAAAAAUAUAACUCUGUGUGAGUCAGUAACUAAUUCAUUACCUCUCCGCUUCAAAUUGACGUCUGUCUCCUUUGCUCCUUUCCCGGCGGGCUUGAUGUUUGGCUUUGCCAAUAGGGGGCGAUGGAAGGACACGCUAUCGCAGGAAGAAGGGGCUUUUCUUCUGAUGUUUUCCAUGGCUGCUAGCUAAUUGGCAUAUAGAGCUGUUCUCAAUCAUCUAAGUACCCCACAGUUUACCCUUGGCUCAUGCCCUAAGAACCAUGGCCUUCAUGUUUUAUCAGCAGGCAACACCUUUUGGCAAGUUUCUUAGCCACAAGUGAGUUGCAUGGUCCUAUGGCUGCCAGAGGAAGUCUAAAUCUCAGCCUGGUAGGGAGGCACUUAGUUUCUAACUUCCUUUCUUGUUCACUCUCCCUUACCCCUGGGGGGAAGGAUCUGCAUCCCGAAGUUGAUAUUCUGUAUCCCCUGGAGUCCACUUCUACCCCAUUUAGUAGUAAAUACAAGAAUUGCUAACUAGUAAAAGGUGGUUAAAUUUUUCAUGUUUGGUUACCUGUGCAAUGUCGUUUCUGUCUAAGUAUGUGUUCAAAAUUGCAAGAUAACUAUGAAAAUAGAGUAAUAGCAGAAAGCCAAUAAAGUUGAUAUAUAAAACUUCCAAAUUAGCAGUGAAGAAAAGGUUAUAAAGAAAAAUCAACCCUGCAAAAAGUAGGAGGGGAAAGCAAAGAAAGACAUAAUUAGACAAUACAAAAGAUGGUCAAGAGACUUCUAAAUAUAUUUGUAAUUACAAUAAACACUAUUAAAAUCUAGAAUAUCAAAUGAAAUAAAAGUAAAAAGCAGUUAUAUGCUGUUUAUAAGAGGUUCACAUCAAACAGAAAUGUUGAAAGUAAAAAGAUUAAAAGAUCCAUCCAAGAAUCAUUUAGAUUUCUAUUAAUGGCAGCAAACAUAUUAAGAAACAGAUGCUCCCUAUUGCCACUUCUAUUCAACAAUGUAUUGCAGCCUGAGUAAUAGGGCAAAAAUAGGUACAUCUAACCAAAACUAUGUGCAGAUGAUAUGAUCAUGAGCAUGAAAUCCAAGAUAAUCUAAAUUGCUAGAAUUAACCAGAAAGUCUUCAGCAAGCUUGCUUGAUACAAUGUUAAAAAAACUGUAGUUCUGUUCCCUAAGAGAAAAUAAGUGCAUAAAAAUAUCAAUAUAUAUGAAUACAUUCAACAACCCCUAUAAGAAAACUAAAACUUUUUAAAUAAAUGUUAAAGUAAACCUAAAAUGGAGAGCUAUGCCAUGUUUGAGGUUGGAAAACCCAACAAAUGCCAUUUCUCUCCAAAUUAAUCUAUAUGUUUAAUGAAAGCCCAAUAAAUCAACAGGUUGUGUGUGUAACUUGAUAAGCAGAUUCAAUGUACGCAGAACUACAAAGGGUAGAAAGCCGCCUACUCAACACCAAGGUUCAGUUUCAAGCUGUAAUAACUAAGAGAGAAUGGUACUAGUGCAGGGAGCCAACUGGGCCAAAAGAACAGAAAA